UAUAACCAGAAACUGAACCGGUAACCGGCGGUAACCGGUAUACCGUUAACCGGUAUACCGUUAACCGGUGUGUGGCGGUACUCGGAUGGGAGAAAGGAGUAGCUGGUAUACCGACUAAGUUUCGGUAUAAUACCGACGGUCAGCCGGUUUUACCGAUACCGUGAAAUAACCCUCCCCAAUACUCCCCACCCUCCCUUCACCUGAUUGCGAGAAGCUCUGCUACCCUUCUCUCCUCUCUUUCUUUUUUUUCUUCCCUAGCAACCUCUGCGCAAGAAAUUCCCAACCUCUCCAAAUCAACAAAUCCAAAACCAACGUUCAUGAUUCUCAAUCUCAAAUGGCCACAGCCCACUAAAAAUCCCCAAUCCAUGCGCUACCUUUUCCAAAUCGGCAAAUCCCCAAUCAGCCGAUUCCCGACCCCAACUCUCUCAGACCAGAGAUUUCCGACCCCGGCCUCCUAUGACGGCUUCACAACCUCCGACGGCGGCCUCGCUUUAGUUCCCGAGUACCGGCCCCAACCUCUGAAGGCUGUUUUACCUUCGUUCUCGAGUCCCGACCGCAACUCCGACCAGAGAUUCAGCAAAUCUGGAGAUCCACCGCUGCCGCAGCACCUUCGCAGACGGCCGGAUCCACCAGCGACGACUGCAUGCAGGAGGGAGAUGGAGAGCCUUCGUGCGGUGGAGAUGCUACUCUGUCUCGAAAGUUUCUCCAGACCCCUGCUUCUGCUCUCCGUGCUCUGCAAAGAGUGGGUCGGUUGGGGGAAGAUGAAGAGUUGAAGACGAAGAAAAGAGAAAGGCUUAC